AUUUAUAUCUCAGCAACCCACCAGUUGCAUGCUGCCUGUUGGCGCGCUUUCUCCCACAUGAUGGAAAUCGACCAUGUGCUUCGCAGAGGUCCUCUCGUCGUCCUUACAUCAGCCGGUCGCUUCUCAGUGCAGAAAAGGAUGCUGCGACGAUGGCGUUAGAAUUGGCAUUGAACUGAACCGUCUGUGUUGUGCACCAAGGUUACCGUCACAAGUCACGUAAGUGAACCCGUCAGUCGUCCGUUGUCUGUCGGUCGAAUCGGUCUAAAAGUUACAAAGUUCCUUUAACUUCCGUGAAAUUUGGGCAAUCAGUAGGAUUGACAGAGAUGUAGGAUUUGAUAUAAGAUAUGGAUUAUUCUGGACGGGGGGUUUCGUUUCGAGUGAAGCGUGUCAAUUAAUUGGACGGCAUACAAAUAGUGGAAGCGCAACAAUGUGACUGGUCGAGCGAAUGAAUGGAGAAGGGCAAUAUGUUUGUGGUCUGAUUGGCAGUGUGGUGGGAUAAAACGUUAAUAAGAUCAAGAGGGGUGAUUGAUGAAAGAGCGCUGCCCCGAGGGAAGGAAACCUCAGCAACAGCCAUACAGCAUGGUUUACGACGCCAGCAGCAGUGUUAUCAGCUGUGAAAAAGUGAAAUGUGCCGGAGUGGAUUGUGAAACGUUGUUACGCUCCAUGUGUAAGUUUGUGAUUUAUCUGCUAAUGCUGGUACCGGUUCAGACUGCUCCUGCCGAGGAUCUGAUGCUGUAGGAGGAUGAUCGAAACCGAAGAGGAGCCACAGAGGAAUCAAACGGGAUUAUUUGCGAACGACAAUCGAAGCACGUGGUUUCCCCCCAUGACGAUGGACGAGCGUCCCGCCUCCAGCAGCGUCACAGCUUCCUCGGAUUCGGACGACGGCGUCCAGUAUGACAGGCUCAAGUACGCUGAUCCGGAAGCACUGAUGCGGCACCUGUACUACGCCUGUAUGCGGAAUGUCACCGCAAGUGGUGGCGGCUUUCCCGCUGAGCAAGCAGCAGUAACAGUACUGAAGAGCAUCGAUCCCAGUAGCAGCACUGGACAAGCGCAACAGACACCCCGGUUCUGCCCCCGCCGUUUCGAUGGGUGGACCUGCUGGGAGCCACAGCCGGCCGGCACAAUCGCCAAAAAUUUUUGCCCUAAUUUUGUGCUCGGUUUCGAUACGAACCGAUUGGCCUAUCGCGUAUGCCACGCCAAUGGAUCGUGGUUUACGCACCCGGAUUCCGGCAGGGAAUGGUCCAACUACACCAACUGCAUCGAUGUGGAUGAUAUGAAGUUCCGGCGGUUGGUUAACGACCUGUACAUCGGUGGCUACACCAUCUCGCUCGUAACGCUCAUCGUGUCGCUGUGCGUUUUCUUUAGCUUUAGGACUCUCAAGUGCACCCGCAUACGCAUCCACAUCAACUUGUUCGUCUCGCUGGCGCUGAGCUGCGUCUUCUGGAUCGUGUGGUACAAGUUCGUCGUCGAAGAUCCAGAUGUAACCAACAGGAACGGGAGUUGGUGUAUUGCGCUUCACAUCCUGUUGCAUUAUCUGAUGUUGGUCAACUAUUUCUGGAUGUUCUGCGAGGGAUUGCACCUGCACCUGGUGCUCGUGAUAGUGUUCAUCAAAGAUGCAAUAGCAAUGCGUUGGUUUUUCACCAUCGGAUGGAUCCUUCCGGUUGGUCUCAUAUCGAUCUACGCAACCGUGCGGGAUAAAUACACGCACGACACGGAGCACUGCUGGAUGGACGAAAGUCACGCCAUGUGGCUGCUGACGAUUCCGGUGUGCUUCUCACUCGUGGCCUCGCUAGUGUUCCUCGUCAACGUGGUGCGGGUUCUGCUGACCAAGCUGAACUCCACCUCGCCCAAUCCGGCCCCGCUCGGGCUGAAGAAGGCCACCCGGGCGACACUGAUUUUGAUUCCGCUGUUUGGCCUGCAGCACAUCCUGCUGCCGUUCCGUCCGGACAAGGGUUGCGAGCUGGAGCGCUACUACCAGGUGGUGUCGGCGGUUCUGAUCAGCCUCCAGGGUGCCUGCGUGGCCUGUUUGUUCUGCUUCGCCAAUCACGACGUGAUAUUUGCCAUCAAAUGCCAGCUGAGCCGAUGCUUCCCGGACCUGGUGCAUCAUCCGUUCCGCGAGAGCUACAACGGCGGCCAGCCGGCCACGCAGAGCCGCGACAUGGUGGUAUGACUGUUGGGCUUCCGGCGCGGCACGAAGACGACCGGAAGUCAUGAAGUGAUCGGUGAUUGCGUGGAAGGUGGAGUGUAGAAAGGUAGGUGUAUGCCGACGGGAAUUCAAUGUACAAAUACAACCGAGACUACUAUUAGGUGUUAGGUGUGGAAUUGAAAUGGAAAGAUCCUAUAUUUUCACUGUAUGAUCGGAUAGAUGUGGUUUCAAACUUUAUGAAAAUUUUAUUCCAAACGUUCCAGUUAGAAUAUAUGGAAAGAUGUGCCAAACUGAAUGCGUAGAGAAAUGCGCUAAAUAAAUAGUAGGGCUAGGAAUUUGAUGAAUCUCAGCUUAUACUUAGAACUAAUGAAAGCAUGA